GAGUAAAAGAGAUGUUGAAUCUGUUGAUGAUAGUGCAGAACUGUUACCACAUAAUCUUGGUCGCAUUAUUGACUAUAGGAGUAACAUAUUUGGCUUCAAAAGCAUGGAAGAGAGCUACAACAAACCAAAGAGAAGAGAUUCCUGGAAGGUUGGGACUGCCUUUUCUUGGGGAAACUCUUGCUUUUCUUUCAGCCACUAAUAGCACAAGGGGAUGCUAUGAUUUUGUCAGACUUAGGCGAUUGUGGAAUGGGAGAUGGUUCAAGACAAGGCUAUUUGGGAAGAUUCACAUAUUUGUUCCUAAUCCAGAAGGAGCAAGGACCAUAUUUGCCAAUGACUUUGUACUGUUCAACAAGGGUUACGUGAAAUCAAUGGCAGAUGCCGUGGGAGAGAAAAGCUUAUUAUGUGUACCCGUUGAGAGUCACAAAAGAAUAAGGCGUCUUCUAUCAGAACCAUUUUCCAUGACUUCCCUAUCCGCAUAUGUCACCAAAUUUGACAAACUGUUGUGUGGAAGGCUACAAAAGCUAGAAGAAACCGGGAAAAGUUUCAAGGUGUUGAACUUUUCUAUGAAGAUGACAUUCGAUGCAAUGUGUGAUAUGCUGAUGAGCAUCACGGAGGAUUCAUUACUACGACAGAUCGAAGAAGACUGCAACGCCGUCUCUGACGCCAUGUUAUCCAUUCCCAUCAUGAUUCCUGGUACCAGAUACUAUAAAGGCAUCACGGCUCGUAAAAGGCUCAUGGAGACCUUCAGAGAGAUCAUUGCCAGACGUAGGAGGGGAGAAGAAACUCGAGAGGACUUUCUUCAGUCCAUGUUGCAGAGAGACUCACUCCCACCCAGUGAAAAACUUGAUGACUCGGAAAUAAUGGAUAACCUGCUGACAUUGAUAAUUGCUGGACAAACGACCACGGCAGCGGCAAUGAUGUGGAGUGUAAAGUUUCUACAUGACAACAGAGAAGCACAGGACAUACUCAGGGAAGAACAGUUAUCCAUAACCAACAUGAAACCAGACGGAGCUUCACUUAACCAUGAAGAUCUAAACAACAUACGUUAUGGUUUGAAGGUAGUCAAGGAAACAUUGAGAAUGUCCAAUGUCCUGCUAUGGUUUCCUCGUGUUGCACUUCAAGACUGCACGAUCGAAGACAAUUAUGUUCAUUAUGGUUUGCUUAAUUAUAGGAGGGCGUCAUUAGUUUUUCUGGCCUUCUAUGACUAUGUUACUAACCAUACAGGGUAUGACAUAAAGAAAGGUUGGCAUGUUAACAUCGAUGCAACUUACAUACAUCAUGACUCUGAUUUGUACAAUGAUCCGUUGAAAUUCAACCCACAAAGAUUUGAUGAACAUCAAAAGCCAUACAGUUUCAUACCUUUCGGAUCAGGGCCUAGGACAUGCCUUGGGAUCAAUAUGGCAAAAGUGACAAUGUUAGUCUUUUUACACAGGCUUGCUGGUGGUUAUACGUGGACCCUUGAUGAUUUAGACACUUGCUUAGAAAAGAAGGCACACAUACCUAGGCUAAGGAGCGGUUGCCCAAUAACUUUGAAGUCCUUGAGCAAAACUAUGCUAGAGUCAUAAAAGAAGGUCAUGGAGAUUUACAAGAAAGGGAA